UUGAUAUUUUGAUUUUAAUUUUAAAUUUAAAUUUUAAUGGCGUUUAGCUUAACCUACGCAUCGAGGCCUCACUCUCUCCUGUACUGUAAUCACUGACCACUGCCUUAAAUGGAUCUGUGUGCGCACUGCACCUCCUCUUUAUAACUUCUCGUAACUGCCCAUUUUUCCUUUCCCUCUCUCUUUAAUCUCCGUAUCUAUGUCAUUUCAAAACGUUUCGUAUCGAGCUCCGAUCGGGUCUGGUAUUCAUUCGGAUCCGACUCGACUCUUCCUCAAUCGGAGCUCCUACUCCUGCUCUGCUGCUGCUUCUCUAUGUCUCUGACAUUUAUCUGAAUCUGAUCGGAUGUUGUUUUGCUGAAUGUAAGAUUUGUUUGUUAUUUUUUUUAGCAGAAAAGGGAUGAAUCCUCUGUGCUGCAUUGCUCCGGUAUCCAUUGAUCGUGACCGGGCGAACCCGGUUGUUGCCAAAUCGGGUCCUCAAUGCCAGCUAAGCAUCGAAACUUCCGUCAGAACCGUUAACUACUCUUCCAAACCGAGUUUCUCCUCUCAAGUCUCCUCCAUCAACGCCGAUACCGACAAAUCCUCGCCGUCGGUAACGAAUCACGCCUCGGCGGCAUUAUCCGACGAGCCAUUCAUCGGAGAAGUUACCACCGUCCAUGGAGUCGCCGGGAUUCUGUACAAAUGGGUGAAUUAUGGCAAAGGAUGGAGGUCGCGGUGGUUCCUGUUGGAAGACGGAGUUCUCUCGUAUUAUAAGGUUCACGGACCUGAUAAGAUUUUGAUGAGUCCGGCGAGGGAGAGCGUACCAGUAAUCGGCGAGGACUCGGUCCGAUACAUGAGAAAAGCUAACUGGAGUAGCAAUCGGGUUAACUCGGCGGCAGCGCAGUGCAAGCCGUUCGGUGAAAUUCAUUUGAAGGUUUCUUCAAUUCGUGCAAGCAAGUCAGAUGAUAAAAGGCUUACUAUAUUCACAGGUACAAAGACUCUUCAUUUGUGUUGUUUGUCAAAAGAGGACAGAACUGCAUGGAUUGAGGCAUUGCUGGCUGCUAAAGAUCGUUUGCCUAGAGUGCUGUCAAAUAAUGAUUUUCAACCUUCUGAGGAUGUUGUCAUCUCAACUGAUAAGCUAAGGUCACGGUUAUUACAGGAGGGCAUUGGCGAGUCAGUCAUUAAAGACUGCGAGUCUAUAAUGCAUUUAGAACUUUCUGAGAUGCAAAAUAAGUUCAAGACUCUUCAACGUAAACAUAUUAUGUUACUGGACACUUUGCGGCAAUUAGAGACGGAGAAAAUAGAGCUGGAAACCACUGUAGUAGAUGAAACAAAGGAACGUGAGUCAUAUUGUGGACAAGGAAGACGGUUUAGUGAUUUCUACUCUGUCAUGUCAGAAGGCAGUGCAACUGAUUCUGAUGCAUAUAAUGAAAGUCAGGACGGUGUAGAUGUUGAAACAGAUGAAGAUGAUGGAAUAUAUUUUGAUACAAAUGACUUUUUGUCUUCAGAAGCUCUAAGAAGUGGUUCCUAUCGGUAUAGGGAAACUGGAAAUGACUGUAUGUAUGAUAAAGAUGCUUUCUUUUCUGAUCAUUUGUGUGGGCCAGAAAAGGAAAUCAGGAUCAUUCAAUAUCCUUAUGUCAAAAGGAGGGAUAACCUGCCAGAACCAAAGGAGAAAGAGAAGCCCGUUGGAUUGUGGUCUAUUAUCAAGGACAAUAUUGGAAAGGAUUUAUCUGGGGUCUGUCUUCCUGUGUAUUUUAAUGAGCCACUCUCUUCACUGCAGAAAUGCUUCGAGGAUUUGGAGUAUUCAUACUUGGUUGAUCGAGCCUUGGAAUGGGGAAAGCAGGAAAAUGACUUGAUGAGAAUUCUAAAUGUUGCGGCUUUUGCUGUAUCUGGCUAUGCAUCGACAGAAGGUCGGCAGUGCAAACCCUUCAACCCUCUUCUGGGGGAGACCUAUGAGGCUGACUAUCCAGAUAAAGGACUUCAUUUUUUCUCUGAAAAGGUGAGUCACCACCCAACGAUUGUUGCUUGUCACUGUGACGGUAGAGGAUGGAAAUUCUGGGCAGACUCCAAUCUCAAAGGCAAAUUUUGGGGACGAUCCAUUCAACUUGAUCCUGUUGGCGUGCUAACCUUGCAGUUUGAGGAUGGAGAGACUUUUCAGUGGAGCAAAGUUACCACUUCCAUAUAUAAUAUUAUUCUUGGUAAAAUUUAUUGUGAUCACUAUGGCACCAUGCGCAUCAGAGGCAGUGGCAGUUACUCUUGCAAGCUCAAUUUCAAGGAGCAGUCUAUCAUAGACCGAAAUCCCCACCAGGUUCAUGGAUUUGUGCAAGACAACAGGACAGGAGAGAAGGUGGCCAUGUUGGUUGGGAAAUGGGAUGAAGCAAUGUAUUAUGUGCUGGGAGAUCCUACUGUGAAGCCAAAAGGGUAUGAUUCAAUGACUGACGCUAAGUUGCUGUGGGAGAGACACAAAUCUGUUACUAAGACAAGAUACAAUCUUACCCCUUUUGCAAUAUCCUUAAAUGAAUUGACUCCUGGUUUAUUGGAGAAAUUGCCUCCAACGGACACAAGACUGAGGCCGGACCAGAGACACUUAGAGAAUGGAGAAUAUGAAAUGGCAAAUGCAGAGAAGCUGAGGUUGGAACAGUUACAGAGACAGGCUAGGAAAUUACAAGAGAGAGGAUGGCAGCCAAGAUGGUUUCGGAAGGAUGAAGAUGGUUGUUAUCGAUAUGUUGGAGGAUACUGGGAAGCAAGAGAAAAAAGGAAUUGGGAUGGAAUCCCUGAUAUAUUUGGCCAGAGUAGUGAUUCACCCUCGUGUUUGGUUGACGAAGAGUAAGCUGUC